AUGGCAGUCACCGGGAUCAACGAGAAAACCAGCGCGAUAGACUCGCCCCGGAGCAAGUCCCCGACAUCUGUUGGCGUCGACUCCGCGGGGGAAUAUGCCGUCGAGGAGAAGCCGAAACUUACCUGGAAGUCCUACAUCUGGGACACCUUGGACAAGUCUCCAGAGGAAAGGAAGUUUAUGUUCAAACUUGACGCUGUCAUUCUUACCAUGGCAUCACUAGGCUACUUCAUUAAGAACCUGGAUCAGAUCAACAUCAACAAUGCCUUUGUCUCAGGUAUGAAGGAGGAUAUGAAGCUUUUUGGCAAUGAACUCAACUAUAUGCAAACUUGUUGGACUGUCGGUUACGUUCUUGGCGAGAUUCCUAGCCUAACAGUGACACACAGCAAUCUGCUUCUUACACGAGUCCGGCCUUCUAUCUGGAUCCCUGCAUGCGAAACUACCUGGGCGGUGUUGACCAUCCUCAUGAUCAAGUGCACAAACACAACACAACUCUACGUUCUUCGGUUUUUCAUUGGACUCGCUGAAAGUACCUUCUAUCCCGGCAUGCAAUACAUUAUUGGGAGUUGGUAUCGAAAAGACGAGCUUGCGAAGAGAUCAUGCAUAUUCCACGCCAGUGGUUCUAUCGGAAGCAUGUUUAGCGGAUAUCUUAUGGCUGCGGUCUACAACCUGGAUGGAGUUCACGGGUGGAAGGGGUGGCAAUGGCUCUUCAUCGUGGAUACCGUCAUCUCUCUGCCCAUCGCUCUUGCCGGAUUUUUCCUUCUUCCCGACGUCCCCGAAAUUGCCAAGUCAUGGUACCUCAGCAAGGACGAUAUUGCGCUUGCACAGAAGCGAAUGCAGCUCGAGGGACGCGCCACCAGGCAACCCUUCACAAAAGCCAAGAUUGUCAAGAUUUUCACCAGCUGGCACAUAUAUGCCCUUACAGCUUUGUACAUCUUCUUCAACAACGGUUGUGGCCUUCUUGGCCAGCCGGGUUUCCAGUUGUGGCUCAAGGGCGAGGGUUACAGCAUCAAGGAGGUGAACACCUAUCCGACCAUCACAUCGGCUAUUGUUGUUGUCACGACCAUGAUAUACGCCUGGUCUUCUGAUACGGUCUUCAAAGGCGCCCGGUGGCCGCCAAUCGUGUUCUCUGGCGUCGUGCAAAUUGUCCUCUAUUCGAGUCUUGCGGCAUGGAACAUUCCAUUAGGCUGGAAGUGGGCAUGUUUCCUCCUUGCUGGUUUCGGCGGUGGCAUCAGCGGGUUAACAUUUGCAUGGGCCCAUGAGAUUUGCAAGGAUGAUAAUGAAGAACGAGCUCUGGUAACAGGCUCGAUGAACCAAAUGGCUUAUGUCUUUCAAGCUUGGCUACCACUCCUCAUUUGGCAACAGGUUGAGGCGCCGCGGUACCCCAAGGGUUAUGUCACCAUGGUUGCUUUGAGUGUUGGGCUUAUAGCCACGUCAUUUUUGAUCCGAUUUUUGCAUCAUAAAGAGCUGGGAAAGAAGGGUUUAAAAAAUGCGGCUUGA